CAGCAAUCUUACACAAUCAUACAUCCUUUUUCUUACAGACAAUCACAAUGAUGCAAUUUCGUUACAAGCUUUGCUUUUUGACCGCAUUCAUGUUUUAUGCUGUCUUGUUUACCGCAAGCAUGAGUAAUGCUUUGCCGAUUGAAGAUGUGGACACCCAAGAGAAUCCAAGUCAAUUCCGACGUGAUGUGAGUAACCCCGAGAGAUUCAAAGCUGUGAAUAUAAUACUGACUAUAUUCUCCAACUUGGCAGACCCAUGAAAUGUUCUUUGAUUACCUUGCUGCAACACUCUUCUGAGCAUACAAAGUACAAGUGCUCGUUAAGAUGGCUCGCAAACAGCCUAAUUACGCAUUUUCAAGUUUUUCUUCCUUUCACAUCGCUUUGCCGCUAGAGAUGACGCUUCGAAUGCUUCAUGCGAUGACACAAUAGCAUCCAGUUCAUUCAGAUAACCGUGAUGACUUUAAUGACAUAUUCAUGAUCAUGACUAAGAAGUGUGCGUGAGGUAAACGCGAGAAGGAAAGAGUUGCACAUAUUGCAAACAUACCUUCAAG